CUCAGGUGACCAAGCGCAGCUCGCUAGUUUACUGAAAUUUGGGGGGGUUUGUGUUUACCUCUUCGUGUCAGAGUGAGUUAUGUCACAGCUUUCUCUUUCAUUCACUCACCUGCAAUAUUUAGGUAAUUAUGGGUUACGCUGAGCUCUCUUUUUUUUAAUUCCACAUCGUUUUCUGUCGUUGCUAUUUAAGCUAGCAGACAAAAGUUGACAUGUUCGGUCGCAGACAUGGUGUGCAAAACUUUUUCAGUUCUGGUUUUACUCCUGAACAUUUCGGCAGCUUCAGGCGGUUCGUAUGUUAUCACAGUUGAUGUGGGAAAUCCAACAGGAGACCUUAAACACUUCUGGAGGAGUACUGGAUUCUGCCCUCCACUCCCUCACACCCAGUCCCACCAGUUUGACCUGAGCAUCGAUCAGCAGUUGAAUCUGGCCUAUGUGGGCUCAGUUCCUCAUGGAGGGAUCCAGCAGGUCCGGAUACACUGGAUGCUGGAGCUGGUCACUGCAGAAGAUAUUGGAAGACAACCCCAGUAUAACUUCACUAAACUGGACCAGCUGAUAGAACUCUUACAUGUUAAUGGACUCCAGCCAGGCUUUGAACUGAUGGGCAGUGUGUCUAACUACUUCACUGACUUUGAGGACAAAUCACAAGUGUUUGAGUGGAGAAAUCUGAUUCAUCUCAUAGCCAAGAGGUACAUUGAUAAAUAUGGCCUGGGAAGUGUGUCUCGGUGGAACUUUGAAACAUGGAAUGAACCCAACAACCACGACUUCGACAAUGUCACUGUGUCAAUUCAAGGGUUUCUCAACUACUAUGAUGCCUGUUCGGAGGGUCUGCGUUCUGCCAGCAGUCUCCUGAGGUUUGGAGGUCCAGGAGACUCUUGUCACACCCCCCCACACUCCCCAUACUGUUGGGCCAUGCUGCAGCACUGCUACAACGGAACCAACUACUUCACUGGAGAGACGGGGGUCAGGAUUGACUAUAUUGCUCUGCACAAGAAGGGAGGAGGCUACUCUUUGCCCAUCCUUCAGCAGGAGGUCCAGACAGUAGGGGAGAUCCAGGAGCGUUUCCCUCGGUUCCGCAGCCUUCCUGUGUUUAAUGAUGAGGCUGAUCCCCUGGUCGGUUGGUCCAGGCCUCAGGAGUGGAGGGCUGAUGUGACGUACGCUGCAAUGGUGGUGAAGGUAAUAAACCAGCACCAGGAUCUGUUGUUAGCAGACCCGAACAGCACCAUCAACUACACUCUGCUGAGCAACGACAAUGCCUUCCUCAGCUACCACCCGCACCCCUUCACCCAGCGCACACUGACCGCCCGCUUCCAGGUCAACAACACCCAGCCACCUCACGUCCAGCUCAUCAGGAAGCCUGUCCUCACCGUCAUGGGCCUGCUGGCUUUGCUAGGAGAGAAGCAGGUCCGGGCUCAGGUUCUGAACUCAGCAGGAAACCACAACAGCACAGUGGGAGUUCUUGCCAGCAGCCACAAACCUGCGGUACCAGGCGGCUCAGACAGCUGGCACGCAGCGGUGCUGGUCUACAACAGUGACGACAACAGCACCUCCACCAGCACUGACGAUGUUACCGUCUCAGUCAAAGGACUACCUGCACAAGAAGGUCUCGUGUAUGUCACAUAUUCCAUGGACAAUAACGUAACCAACCCGUACCAGAUGUGGCAGAGCAUGGGCAGCCCCGACUACCCCACAGCAGAGCAGUUCAGACGGCUCCGCAGCGGGCAGGACCCUCAUACUGAUGGACCCUGGAAGGUUCCUGCAGGAGACACUCUGACUCUGAAAGCCAAACUGUCCGUUCCCUCCGUCCUCCUCAUCCAUGUGUGCGCUCAGCCCAAAGCUGUGCCAGAUCAGGUGAACGGAUUACGUUUCAUCAGGAUCACCAAAGCCCAAGUUCUUAUUGUCUGGUCUGAUCGCUGUGUUGAUUCAAAAUGCAUCAAGACAUAUGAAGUGGAAUUCUCCAAAGACCAGAAGGAAUUCAGCAGGAUUAACACCCGAGACAUCAUUUUUACUUCUUAUGUCUUUUCACCAGUGGACCGGGUGGUCGGUGGUCUGUACAGAGUUCGAGCUGUGGACUACUGGGGAAGGCCGGGUCUUUACUCACUGCCAGAGAGAUAUUCAGAAAAGUCUUAACCCAAGGUCAAGUCUGCUGCUGUUCAUAUAAUCUUUCUAAAUAGUUCUGUACAAUGUAAAUAUGUUUCAGAUAGAUUAUUGUGCGGAUUAUACACUGUAUGUUACACAGUAUAAGACAUUUAUCAUGAAGCGUUGCCCAAUCACAGAGUGAGCAUAUAUUAUGCUCUGAGUGGCACUAAUUCAGGACUACAGCAUAAUAGGUGUGAUUUCAAAGACUUGACUAUUUGAUUUAUCUCUUUUCUAAGGAGACUUCCUCAUGAAUAGUGAAAAAAAAUGACUGAAUGCAGAAAUCAGCAAACAUAACCAGCUCUCAUGCAUUCAAAUCUGAAGGUACUGAAAAAUUUAAGGAACUGAAGACAAGCUGUCAUAGUAGAAGCCUUUUAAAUGCAGUUCUGGCAGCACUGAGCAUAAACACUAACUAGUUCUGAUCUUUAAAUUGGCUUUAUUUUAUGUUUGUGUCAGUCAGGACCUAUGAGAAGACCCUAACCAACAACAUGUCACAGUGUCUCAGUAACUUCCAAAUCCUUUGCAUGGUGUUGGUUUCUGACAGAUACAGGAAUCUUAAAGUGGUUAAUAAACAUAUACUGUGCAUUCCAAUACCCAUACUACCAUAAUAUAAGGUGCCAAAAAAUAUUUACAAUGUCCUAAUACACACAAUGUCAAAUGCAAUACCAGUAUGUCCUUCUGCUUUCAGUCAUAUUGGCUGUAUGCAAACCUGCAGACUUUUCUGGCUCAUUGUGACUCACAAUCCUCUGCACAGCAGGAGCUAUACCACAUAUGUCACAGUGUCCUUCACAAACACAAAGCAAGCUUGACCCACCAAGAGGGAACAGGCUGAUGACAGCAUAUUUCACACUGCACAGUGUGAUAAAUAUAUGAGAAAGCUCGCCAAAGCUUUAGAUGACCGAUACAGCUGUAUGCAACGCUACAAGCUUUAUAAGAGCAGCAGCAGUAUGUACAGAAAAUGUGGGAUUCAGGUUGCAGGGACGCUUUCAUUUUCACAAAAGACUGAAUAAUUUCCCAAAACAUUUUCAUUAUUACAUACCUACACUACCGGUGAAGGGUUUAGUUCAGGCAGCUGGACUUAUUCUUGUGAUCUUGAAGAUGUUUCACCUCUCAUCCAAGCAGCUUCUUCAGUUCUAAAAACUAGUUGGGAGAGUCCCAGGUAUUUAACCACUAGAGGUGAAGGUGGGGCUAAGGCUGAUGGUAUCUACUAAAAGACUAAAGAAAUCUUUCAACAAAAGGUGUUGAAUCCCAGUGAGGUAUUAAUAUGCUAAUAGAAUAAGUCCAGUUGCCUGAACUAAACCCUUCACCUUAAGAUGACCUGAACAACUGAGAACCUUUGCAGACAUGCUCCCUACACGACCGUUCAAAAGUUUGGGGUCACUAAGAAAUGUCCUUAUUUUUGAAAGAAAAGCAGUUUUUAUCAAUGAAGAUAGCAUUAAAUGAAUCAGAAAUACAGCCUAGACAUUGUUAAUGUGGUAAAUGACUAUUGUAGCUGGAAACGGCUGAUUUUUAAAGGAAUAUCUCCAUAGAGGUACAGAGGAACAUUUCCAUCAUGCUACAUUGUGAUUGAUGAUUAGAAAACCCUUGUGCAGUUUCUUAGCACAUGAAUAAAAGUGAGUUUUCAUGGAAAACAUGGACUUGUCUGGUGACCCGGAACUUUAGAACGGUAGUGUCUAUCUGCGAGAACUGUUCCAUGCAGGCAGUGUUCGCAUGCUUGCCGUGCAGUUACAUAUAAAGUGUCCAUUAUGUGUCACUAUGCAGUAGGUUUGAAAGGAAAAGUAAAAUGCCUGAUGUAUUUUAUUUGAAAUGAUUUUAUUAAAUUUGUCAUGUUCUAUUUUUUUUUAUUCUUGAAAUGUGUGUAUGUUGUGUUUGUGCAUUAGAUAAAGUUUGACCACGCUAAGUUGAAUAAACUCUUCUUUUUUUUUU